UGGAGAGGUCAAUCAUGUCCCAGAUUAUCCACAACACCAUGAUGAUUCUACUCUUGAAGAGGAAAGAGUUGCUCUAGUUGAUGAAAUGAAGAAGAAGAAAAAGGACACGACAUUGAUACGGCACAAGAUGGAGCUGACAUUUUCCCUUAGGCGGAGAGAGGUAGUAGAGAAGCAGCCUAUGGUGUCAGAGGUCCAGGAGAGAUGGCCUGCACUGUUUUCCAAGGAGGAGAUAUGUGAAGAAUUUCAUCGGAUCACCAGCAAAGACCUCCUGGGCACUCUGAGGGCAUCCCUUGACACUUAUGUGCCUCGCCUGCUGAGACUGUACCGUGCUAGGAAGGGAGCUUUUGGUCAGAAGAUGGAAGACCUGCUGGAUACACUUGAUGAACAGACAUCGAACAUUGUGUUUCACCGACAGACAGCAGCACUGAGAGGCCUGCCCAUUUUUGUCCGGGAUGACACAACUGAGUUUUUCCUGCAGUGUUUGGACACUGAACCUGAAGAGAGAGUGCUCAGAGGUGUGUCUGUUGCCAUCCUCACCAUCAUUGAAGACGAUGAUGCCACCAUAUCAUCACCAAAUGUGCGAGACCUGGCUGUUGUGUUGGAAGGGGCCAUCAUCCUGCAUGACCUACCAGAUCUCGGUACUGCCUUUGCAUACCUCUUUGGCCUUCUGUACGCCAUGAACAUUGACUAUCCAAAGAAGAUGAGGUAUACCUUCGAAGCAAUUCAGAGUAUCUUUUUUGAGCUUGGCUCUCGAUGCUCGCAGCGCACAAGGUCUCUGAAAACAAAGCUUUUGCUGUGAAUG